CAAGACGAGCCCAGUUCCCAGCACCGUGGGCCUCAAUUCGUCAAGAUGCGCAAGCCGUGGAGAUUCUACAGUCUCAACCGCCCAAAACUGAGGCAAUCAUGGAACAAGUACAACCUGUAUAAUAUCGCUCGUGCGGCUGGCCGAGAGCCUCUCGUCAAAGGCCGAGCGACCUUUUUCCAGCAAAAGUGGGCGGCCAAGUCGAAAACCCGAGGCUACCACGGCGAGCACAUCCCCGAGAAGAAAUGGGUGCGACUCUUUUCCCGACGUCUCCUCUCCUCCGUCGACCUCCCCCCGGAGUAUCUCGCUGCCAAUGAUGGUUCCGAACAGGCGGCUGGUCGUGGUUCAGGCUUGACCACCUCCAAGGUGACGGCCGAGUCCUACUCCCGAGUCUCUCAAGGCAGCACCAAGGUCCGGAGUCUCUCCCAUCCUGCUCAGCGGAAAUCUGGCUAUGGCGAUGUCAACGAGAUGCUGUCUCAGCACUUUGAGAACAUGACACCAUACAUGCAAAUGACUUUUGCGCCCCUGGAGCGAAGACUCGACACAGCUGUUUUCCGCGCCAUGUUUGCCAGUAGUGUGCGACAGGCCCGCCAAUUCAUUAUUCACGGAGCUGUCAAGGUCAAUGGCAAGAAGAUGGUUCACCCGUCUUAUGCCUUGAACCCUGGCGAUAUGUUCCAAGUCCAGGUUGAGAAGGUUCUGUAUGGAACUGGAGAGCAAAAGAAGCCCGAUGAGUCGGUCAAGCAGAGCAGGGAAUCCCUCAAGAAUAAGGAGGAGAAGACCAAGGAGUGGGGUCUCAACAAGCGCUCUCGAAUUCUGGAGCAUCUGGCUGCCAAGGAGGGAGAGUCUGCCAAGCCCAGCGAUGCGCAGCUCGCCGACGAAUCGCUCGACGAGCAACGUGCUGAGAUGCAGGUCCAAUGGUGCCGUGUCAAGAACCUUCGAAGCACGGCUCGAGAGAUUCUGAAGGGUGGCAGUGAUCUCAAGAACCUAUCCGCUAAGCAGAAGAAGGAGCUCCGUUUGUUCCGUGACACUGCUCAGCGUUUCCUCUCUCUGCCAGAGGAUAGCAAGCUGAGCGCCAGGGACCUCCUCAACGAGAUUCAAUCUCAGAUUGAGAAGCUGGGCUCUGUAGAGAGCUUCCGAAAGGCUGACCCCGCCCCCUCCGCAGAGGAGACCGAGGAGCAGAAGCUUCAACGAGAAGAGAAGGAAGAGAAGGAGCUGCAGUUCAAGACAAGGGUCUUGGAGGAGGGUAUGGAUGGUUUCAAGGACGACCGAGAGCGUGCCCGUGCUGCCCGCAUUCUCGCCCGAGAAGACCUCACCCAGGACGAGGUCCGCCGCCUCGCCGCCAUCAUGAGGAGGGACGCCGAGAACCCCAUCGACGAUUCAAAGCCUUAUGCCACCCCCUGGCGACCCCGCCCCUACAUGUCGGCCUUUGCCUUCAUCCCUCGCUACCUUGAGGUCAACCCCAACAUCUGCGCCGCCGUCUACCUGCGCCACCCCGUGGCGAGGAAGGGCAUGGCCGAGGUUCCCACGCCUUUCAGCUACCUGACCAGCCAGCUGGCUCACAACUGGUACCUGGGACGGGGCUGA